AUGGCAGUCACGGCUGAAGGGGGGAGGCGCUGCUAUUGCAUGAACAAGAGGAAGCGGUGGCAGAAUGAUGUUGUUGCUGCUGUGGUAGCCGUUGCCCCCAAGGGAGAAGUGAUUGUUGACGAAACGACGACCGCACUGGUCACUAUGGCGAGCAACAUGUUAACUGAAGGUCUUGGACCACAACAUAGCAUGACCGGAAUCCCAACCGGAAAGGAACUAAACCCAGCUGCGGGUUCGGUCACCGAUUCUGACACCUUGGAGUCUUCCUCGCUAGUGGUUCAAUCGCCGAAGUUAGCGAGGUCUCCUGUGGGGAGAUCGGAGCAAGGUAAUGGUGGAGAUAUUUUCAUUACAUGGAAGAUUCGAGAGGAACCUGAAUGGAGUUCGACAGCGGAGGAUGACGUGCAAGAUCAUCCAUCCCUAACCAGUUUCGAACACGGAGCUUUUGAUUUGAAGGAUGGAUGUCGUGCAAAAGUUGGCUCAGCCAUUCAAGGGUGCGUUGGGCCGCGAAUGGGAGGAUUGGUUAGAGGAUUUCUAUACGGCAUCAACACAGUCGGUGCUGAUUUUGGCUCUGUGCAGGGAAGGGACACCAAUGCUCCAUUUGAUUGCUCGAAAUAUGGCGUUAAGUUGAAAAUACGUGGGAGCAGGGAGGUUUUCGGAGAGGCAAUGUUAGGAGUUUCCAUCAAUUCAUAUAAGGAGCUUCCAAUUAGUGUCUCCACUAAGGAGUGUCCUACAGGGCAUGACGAUUCUUGGAAGGCUAUGCGGUCAGAAGAGGUGUACGUGGGCAAUGCUGCCUUUAACCACGGGACGCUAGCUGCAUGGGAGGAUGGGUAUAUUGUUUGGUCAGGAAGCAUCAUGUGUUUCGAUCCAGGUGGGAGUGAUUUGGGUCGGAUUGAAGCAGUCCACAUUGGAGGAUGGGAUGGGGUGCUGAAGUUGAACUGGAAGUACCGCAAACGCAAUCAUUGUCACUCCCCUUUCACAAUCGCCUACCACAAGCUGCGAGGGAGCUACUUCAUCAUUGAUCCGGGUUGA